CCCAGACCUGCUAUAGACCCUCCCCCCCCCCCCCCCACACCCCCCCAUUCUUGCCCCGAAGAGGCCUCUUAUUGUGCACCCAAUUCAUCGCACUCUUAUCCGCUUAUCACACCCCACGACGGCCAGCGUGAACCUGCCGUUACAACCACAGCCCUCUGGAACCACGCCCAUCCCAGCAACCCCCAACGAGAACCCCGGAGACGUCCCAAACUCCGCUCCGCCUGUGAUCGGAGUGCAGUCUCGUCCGCUGCCACGUGUGACACCUCAUGAUACCCAGAUAAUGCCCUCCUUCGUGGCAGACAGCGGCGACAAUUCGACCUACAAACAUCCGCAACCGCAACCGCAACCACAGCCACAGUCGUUGUUCACUCUGCCCUCGCGCACGUCAGCAGACAAACCGCAGCUCGGAAGGGACUAUGCAGAUAGGCUGUCGAAUGGAGACACUCCCUACAUGAACGGCAAACUAGCCAACGGAUCACCUGGCAUGCAAUCGGUGCCAAACGGGCGGUCCAUCCAGCCGGCGACCCACGAUAAGGCCAUAUCACAUAAUCAGAGCAUAGAGGCCGUCGGCAGAGGCUGGAGUGUGGAUUUCGAGAGUCCCUUUAAAUCAUCCGAGAGUCGCGGCAACUCCGGCGAAUUGUCGGGCAGGGAUGACGGCUACUUCGCCUCGGUGCACAGUAGUGAGACGCAGGAUGGCUGCAGAACCACGCACGUUAAGCUGGGUAGCGUAAACUCGACCGACGGGGUGAAGGACGCUCUCCCGGACUUUACCACCGCUGCUCCUGCCAAGCACGAGUCGGAUCUGAAGCCACAAACAACCAUCGACGCUAGCCUUCACAUUCCGAAUUCGUCCUCGACGUACCGCGUUUCCUCACCGCCCGCCUUCAAUCACAACACCCCCGUCACGCAUCAGCAGCCGUAUCGUUUGCAGCAUCGCCACACGCUCGAAGUUCCCAAGGCGUCGACGUCGCGCGCUAGGGACUUCCAGAAUUCAACGGAUGACGUCGUGACCGCGAGCGGUAGAUUCUCACCCAAUACUCCCACCCGUCGGAGAGGGUCAAUAUCCCUGGCUAGGAGGACUACCCGAUCCAUACACUCUGACAUGCAUCUUGAGGAGGUGCCGCAAGACGAGGAUGCGGCGCGGUGGGCAGAACACAUUCGGCAGAAGCGAGCAAGCAAGAGGAAGCGGAAAGAAGAUGAGGAUGAUGAUCGCGUGGUCGUUGGCACAAAAGUCGAUCAGAACCAUGUCAAUUGGGUCACGGCAUACAAUAUGUUGACGGGCAUAAGAUUCACCGUUUCUAGGACAAACGCAAAGAUGGACCGAGAGCUCACCGAUGCUGACUUUGACGCUAAGCACAAGUUUUCGUUUGAUAUAACUGGGAACGAACUAACGCCGUCCGCCAAGUACGACUUCAAGUUCAAGGACUACGCGCCCUGGGUCUUCCGCCAUCUUCGAUCUACCUUCAGGCUAGAUCCCGCAGACUACCUCGUAUCCCUGACCAGCAAGUACAUUCUAUCAGAACUUGGUUCACCAGGCAAGAGUGGUAGUUUCUUCUAUUUUUCCCGUGAUUACAAGUACAUCAUUAAGACGAUCCAUCACGCCGAGCACAAGUUCCUCCGGAAGAUACUGAAAGACUACUACAACCAUGUGCAAGAAAACCCAAACACCCUGCUCUCACAGUUCUACGGCCUCCAUCGCGUCAAGAUUCCGUAUGGCCGCAAGAUUCACUUCGUCGUCAUGAAUAACCUAUUUCCUCCACAUCGAGAUAUCCACCGAACGUUUGACCUGAAAGGAUCUACAAUUGGACGUGAUUUCAAAGAGGAUGAGUUGGAGAAGAAUCCACGAGCCACUUUGAAGGAUCUGAAUUGGCUACGAAGAAACCUGCAUUUGGAAUUCGGGCCAACCAAGAAGAAUGCCUUCAUUGAGCAAAUGCAAAAAGACGUCAAGCUCCUACAAAAAUUAAAGAUAAUGGACUACUCACUCCUAGUUGGUAUACACGACUUGGAGCGUGGUAACGAAGAGAAUCUACGCGACAAGACGCUGCAGGUCUUCCAACCGGGCGGAGAAGAAGCCGAAGAGCCAGGACCAAACAUGCUCAUGCGGACGCCAUCGAAGCUGGAGAAUGCAAGGAAGGCCAAGGAAUUGAGACAGAAGAUCAAGACGCAGAAACCCAUACCAAUGGACCAGACGACGAGUAAGAUGCCAGAUGAACUGCAGGAUCCAAAGAAGAAUUUUUACUUUUACGCCGAUGACGGUGGAUUUAGGGCCACGCAUGAGGAUGAGUCGGCGGGCGAGGAGAUUUAUUAUCUCGGGAUUAUCGACUGUUUGACUCAUUAUUCCUUGAUUAAACGGGCCGAACAUUUCUUCAAGGGCAUGAUGAACACGGAGUCCCAGAUCUCGGCUAUACCCCCCGAACGUUAUGGUGAUCGGUUUGUCAGAUUCAUCAGUGGUGUCACCAAGACGAGGGAAGCGGCUGAGCGGGAGAAGGCUGAAGAGGCAGAGAAUGCAAUCAGUGAUCCGAGACUUUCUGGUGUCAACAUGGCACAUCGAGAUCGAGAAGCAACAGACGCCGUAAUAGAAAAAGCAGAGCAUCAAGCCCAACGGUCAAAAGAACGAGGCGCGUCCGAAGAAGACGUCCCCAACCGCGAAAUGCGCGCUGUGAGGAGCCCAUCCGCCGAGCGAGGCGAACUCGGCACCACUCUUCCUGUCGUAGAAGAAGCUUUCGAGUCCUCGAGUACGGGUGGAAGAAGUGGGAGGAGUACAGAAGCAAGUCUACAACCUCCACCGCCGCCGUUGAAGGAAUAUGAUGUCCGAUUCUUAGACCCGCAAGACCAAGCACCAUCUCAAUCGAGGGAUCCCUCACAUCAUAGACCUCCACCUACGCCACCGAAGGAUUUGGGGACUGGGAAUAGUGAUGGUGUGAAUGAAGAACGGCCCCCGACUCCACCGAAGGAUACGUAUGAGACGCACAGACAUUCUGGACCUCCGACGCCUCCGAAAGAACAGAGAGGGAGAGGGAGAGAUAAGGAUUUGCCGCUCCCGCCAAUGGAAACAGUUGUUAGGGUGAACUAACUCUAACUGAACAUUCCAUCCGAGCUUGACGAGGCCAAACCCGUGUGCCUCUCAUUCACCGCCCCAAUUAUGACCAAGACCACGAACUUCAAGU